GGAUAGUGGUGAGAGCUGAUAUCAAUCUCCGAUAAAAAAAAUCUCGGUGGUCCAAGCUUAUCAGUUCCGCUUGUGACUACAAAUCGCGGAGAAGCCGUGGACCGAUAAUAUUUCACGGAGUUUCAUGUGCAUUCCCCUUGAAGACGGGAAUUCUGACAUGCCAUGGAUUCUGCUAUUAUAGAUUAUAACGAAAUACUUGAUCAGAUCUACACAAACCUCGCAAAUGCUCUCAACACAUUCGGGGCCUCCUCCCAACAGUAUCAAAAUAUAUUGAAGAUACUAAAGGAGUGCCUGGAUGAUAUCGACAAUGAUAAGAAAAAGAGGUCCGCUGCUCUCGAUCCAGAUACCCUGAGCUUGGCGAUGAAGUUCUUGGAGCUUGGGAGAUGAUCUACCAUUCCUGAUGUUUCAUGUUUUGUUGACCCUGACUGCGGAUUUCGGUUGAUCAUGAACAACCUGGAACCUCUCCAUUUCUGCGACAUGCGACAAACGGACGAGUCCAGCGAGGUCUGUCGUCAUUAUCGUCAUGAAAAGAACGUUCGACCCAACACUCCGGUGGAUUCAUGAAGAUGGUUCUUGCAGCCGGCUGAAGUGGACGACGUAAGGCAAUGUUCAGACACUCCGGCAUCAUAAAUCUUACAUAUUAUAUUGAACUAUAUGGCUAGAGGACCAUAUGAGAAAGCGAGUGUCCCACCGGCGACAUUCCCAGGAUAUAAGCAAGGCCGACCAAACACCUCGUUUUCCUCGCCCCUAACAAACAACAAAACGGAAAGGCUACCCUGAAUGACAUGCAACAAGACAAACUCCAGAC